AUUUGUCGACAAAGAUUUAAGCCAAUAUAAUUAGUUCAUAUGAAGUUGUCCUACAUUCUAGCACGGAGAUGUUUGGGAUUCCAUCAAAACAGCUGUAUAUGUAUGUCCUUGCACUCCACAGCAUAUAAUUACAGGUUUAAAUUUGUAUUCUUGGCUAGCUUUCAACAUUUUGAAAAAAAGGACUAUUCAUAUCACCUGUUUACAUGUCUCAUGUUUGCCUUGAUAAGCUCAACUAUACCCGUGAAGAGCAUGCGCAAUUUAGCUUACCAACGAUCAUUUAUAACAAGUUUAGAUGUGUGAAAACAUAUGGCAGCCAGAAACAGUUGUUCUGAUGUAGUCUCUACGAAACAAAAGAAGGAGGGUUCCAGACCCACACCGCUUGCUUUGGGAAUAAGUACCCUGAAACCGAAAUACCCGCAGUAUGCACUGGCGUCGCGAAGAACUGCGUCUUUCACGGGCGCUUCAACGCCUUGGCCAGCUGAUGCACAUGUCAAAGUGGAAGAUCUGGUGGAUGCAGGCUUAGUUUAUACAGGUGUACAGGACAGUGUUCGCUGCUACCACUGCGGCGGAGGGCUCCGAAACUGGGAACCCGGGGACGACCCAAUGGUUGAGCACGCCAAAUGGUACCCGGCCUGUCAUCAUGUACUCAUUACAAAGGGGAAAAUGUUUAUCAGGAAAGUGGAAGACGGAGACAUUCCAGAGGAUGACACGCCUUCAAUGACAGAAGAUAUCAGAUGUGACUCUUUGAAUACUGCAGUGCAAGCUGUAAUAGAAAAUGGAUAUCCAAAAGAAGAUGCCAUGAGAGCCAUUUCUGUGAUUCGAAAUAAGAAUGGCCCACACGCGAAGAUAACAGCUACUGAUAUUGCAUCUAUAUUGCUGGAAGCGGAAGACGACCCCAAUUUCUUUUUAAGUUUCGGUGUAGACAAUUCUGAACACGGUUGCUCCACUGAAGAAUGUGAAGCAAAUGACAUGACGCGUUUAGAACAAGAAAAUGAGGAGUUAAAAGCCACUUCACGCUGCAAAAUAUGUUUGUCCGGUCGUGCUGACGUCGUCUUUCUACCAUGCGGGCACAUUGUUAGUUGUUCCCAGUGUGCCCCCGCCCUAAGCACUUGUCCUGUUUGCCGAAAAGAUAUUAUGGGUCUUGUGAAGGCGUAUUUUGCUUCAAAUGGUCGUUAAAAAGAGAUUGUGAAAAAAUGAGAUACAUAUACUAAUGCAAGCGAUAUCUGUUACACCAACCAUACACGCCAGCAACUUUUCUCAGUUGCCGUUAAGAUUACACAAGCAGAAGUGACAUAUUAUUAGUUUAUCUAUUUGUAAUUUCGCAGCUUUUAUAUGGAUUUGCUUUAACUAAACAUUGAUAUGAUUUAGUGUUUUAUAUGUUUUUCGAAGUGUACGACGUCUAUUCAAAAAGUUCUAAACCAGUCUAGAAUAAGUUACUUAAUUAGAUAUAAAGCCGAAAUAUAGUGAAUAAUGAAUGACAAACAGUCUAUAUCUACAGACCUGGGAAUAAAGGAAAAGUAAACAUUACAGAUUCUAUACUAAGCCGACAACAUCUUUGCAUAUUUCUCCGAACUCAAAUACCAAGUAAACAAAAAACGUUACUUUUAAGUAAUUUACUAUAUUUCUAUAUGAGGUCUUUUUCAAAAUUCUUCAAACAUUGUCUGUGUUGAAAUUCCAUUGAUAUGGGCGACGAAAACAAUGCAAAUGCACGUGGACGUAAUUAUUCCAUGUUAUAUAAUUAAUGUUUUUUGACGAUAUACAAUGUGAAAGUCGGAUAUUAAUAGUCAAGGUUGCUUUUAAUAUUAUUAUUUGUUUAAGAUAGAGCUAGACAAGUUUAUAUGAGUACAAAUUGGUGUCAAUUGUAUUAUAUAUUGCUACAUUGUUAUUCUUAUUGAUAUUGUUAUUGUUUUCAAAUAAUUGAGAUAAGUACAAGUUGGUAAACAUACCAAUUAUUUAUAUAUAUAUAUAUAUAUAGUAUUUAUGCACUGUGCUGUUUGUAGAGUUGUGUGCUGUUCUAUGCUUCUUGUUUGUGGUUUGUGUUUUAUGUCUUUGGCGUUGCCCAUCGCCACUAAACCGGGUUUAUGUUUAAACCUUUUGCUACUGAGCAUGUUUCUGUAGCUUUUUGCAUAUAUAUUGGUGGCAAUUGUAUGUAUUUUGAUAAUGGUUGCUAUCGAAAUAUUUAAUGAUUGUACGCGGUAACAUGUACGCAAAAGCAAUAUUCUAUAGGUGUAUGUCAAAUUUACACCAAGAAUAUACCAUUCCAUAAUAUAAUAAGAAUUUGCACAAUUUCUCAACCAGAGCUGAUAUAUUGAAAAAUCUUCUCGUCGGACAAAACAAAACUUAUAUGAGUAUGAGCUAAACCGUUCAAAACGUUUUUUGGUUAUAGCCCUGGUGCUACUUGUCGUAUGAAAAUUAGUUGAAAUAUUUUUUGCAACAUGGUUGGCCAUGGUUGGCCAUGCCUGAGGCUCAUUUUUUAAACAAUGGAAUUAGCGGUUUGAUUUAUUAAAUGUGCAUAUAGGCGAUGUUUACCACGCCUCAAGUUUAUGGUUGCCUUCUGAAUGAAUUCAGUUUCAGAAACAUGGAAAAGAUCGCUAGCUAUGGAUGUAAAAGCGACAAAAUCGCAAAAUUUGAACAGCCAGACUGCGCUACAACUGAAAUUUAUGGCAUUUGGUUGUGGCACUCAUAUGAUUGACAGCUUACAACAGACAGAACUGCACGUCACGGGAGUUUAUAACGCAAACCUGAUAAUAGUGAUGGUGGUUAAAUGUGACCUCUUCAUCAGUGUAAAAUGAAAUAUAAAGGUGAUUUGUUUAAAUGACUGACAAGCAAAUUCCUUUCAUCUAUUUGAAGAAAAUAAAUAAACUACAGAUUAAAGAA